AACAGAGUCAAAAGUCUGGUCACCACUUGUAAAUGAAGAGGGAAAGACACACCCUUAUAAGAUGAAUCUGGCCUCUCAGCCUCAGGAAAUAAGGCACAUAGGAAGCGCACACAACCGGAGCGCGGUGCCCUUCACUGCUGCCACGGCUUCUGCCCCCAGAGUGGUCACUGCCCAGUACAACAGCCCAGCAGGGCUCUACUCCUCAGAGAAUAUCCAGACCUUCAACAGUGCAGUGGAGUCAAAGACGUCACCUGGGGCUCCGGAACCUACCAAGCU